AGCACUCUGGUAAUUGUCAUUUGUCAUUAUCAUGGGAAAAAAAUGUGAAAAAUUUUGCAAAGGGUGAACUAACUGAAAAAUUUUAGAAUUUUUCAGUUAUUCUAAUAUUUCAAAAUAGUUUUCCGCCCAAUCACAUUCUUGAAUUAAAAUUAUAUAAAAUAACCAUGGGGAACACUAUAUCAGCUGCAGACAUAGCUGCCACACAAAUUGUUAAUCCCAAUGCUAGUCCUAACGAAGAAGCUCAGUCUCACCACAUACACGCAUUAUACCGCAGCAGCUACACCGGUGACCCUCCAGAAGAAUGUCCUAUGCACCAAAAGCAACCUAGUGUUUCAGAAUGUCCAGUUCAACACGGAAAGGAUGAAGUCAAUCCUCUGAAUAUGAUGGGUCCAGCUAACCAAAGCCCUGCACCUGGACAACCGUUUCCUUUAUCGAAAGACAGACAACUUUCCACUAUACCAAAAGCUAUUAUUAAGGAAGGGGAAAGUCCCUUUUGGCUUUAUCCGAGUGCACAAAUGUUUUGGAACGCCAUGUUGAGAAAGGGCUGGAAAUGGAAAGAAGAAGAUAUUAGCCAGAAAGAUAUGAAUGAUAUAAUUAACAUUCACAAUGCAAAUAAUGAACAGGCCUGGAAAGAAGUAUUAAAAUGGGAAGCUUUACAUGCUGAUGAGUGUAUGGAUCCAAGACUAAAAAGUUUUGGAGGAAAAGCAACAGACUACAGCCCGAGGGCUCGAAUGCGGUCCCUCAUGGGCUAUGAACUACCAUUUGACAGGCACGAUUGGAUUGUUGACAGGUGCGGCAAAGAAGUCCGUUAUGUUAUUGACUAUUAUGAUGGUGGAAAAGUGGAUAACAGGUUUCAGUUUGCUUUGCUGGAUGUUAGACCAGCAAUGGACAGGAGUCCCGGGCUGCGUUCAAAAACGGCUAAAGCCGAGCCAAAAUUGGCAUAUUGUGUUCAAGUUCGGCUCCAGCGUGCCAAAAACGGUUGGCUUUACACGUUCCAAAUCGGCCGCGCAAGCUUGAUCAAUAACGAAUUGGAAGAUGCAAAUAGGCAGCUACUAGAAAGAGUUUCUGAUAAUAUUAACUCAGAGUCAGAAUCGUUAAAAAAACUUACCAAAAGAUUUAAUGACAUAUACGAGGUGGUGGACACAUUUAAUCAGCAUUUUAAAUUUUAUUAUGUGUUGGCAAUUCUGAAUAUGAUUAUUAAUCUAUUGAGGGCAUGGAUUUCCAUAGUUGAAUUUAAUUUAAAAGACAAAUCCUAUAUCAAUUUCGAUAUUACUUCUAUUAACGCAAUAAUAAACAUCUGCUAUUGGCUAAAAUAUUUCAGUGAAGUAACUGUAACAGCUUGGAUAGGAGAAACCCUGGAACAAGAAGGACAAAAAACAAUCAACAUUUGUUAUCUAUUGCAGCAUAAACUUCCUUUACGAUCUCAGUCAGAACACGAUCAGCUCAUAAGAGAGGAGCUCAAUAUUCUACUGGACGAAAGUAAAUCAAGGAAAGUUUAUCUACAUGCUGGUGGAUUUUUCAAGAUCAAUUGGGGGAUUUUGGGAACCAUUGCAGCGACUGUUGCAAUGUAUUCUGUUGUUAUUGCUCAAUUUACCUUAAAUAUAUAG